UAAAUAAAAAUUAAAUCAGAGUAACCACACUCAGAGAUGUUACACGUUUAAUCAGCUGACCAACGUACACACACCACAAUUUUGUGUAUCUGCUGCUUACUUGUAUACCAGCCCUGCUUUUACAUCACAGCGUGACAAAGCUUUCAAAAGCUCUCAGUACAAUUUAUAUAGGGCAGGCACAAAAUGAAAGCUUUCGCUGGUCGAGUCUGUUUCCAGCCACUUUUUACUCACUUAAAUAAAGAUCUUAUUGAAACUGAAAAUAAUUUAAACGAGAAUUAAAUAAGAAAUUAAAUUACAGUUAAUUUCCACUUAGAUGAGUUUGGAGAAAUGCAGCCUUAUAGUUUUGUUCAGAUGAAAACUGAGUUACCUUAAUAUAUUGAAUUAUUUAAAUUUAGUUUAAAUAGUUGUAAUAAUUGAAAUAUAUCGUUUUGUUCCUUGAUAUCUGGCCUUCCAUUCCAUUUUUCCAGAAAUAUAUAUUAAUUGCUUUUUGUUCCUCUUUUAGACAUAUUUACUUAAUUAGUAUGAUUUAAUGCCGGUAACUUUUGUCGAUGACUAUGUAUAUUUACUAACUUACAAAAUGUCAUUUUUUUACAGCUGGUUAACUUGUCGGCCCGUCGAACAGUUUCUCAUAAUUAAGAUGUUAUUAACAUUUCAGGACAGAUUACGUAUUCCAUGGCGUGGCGGAUCUAAGCAUGCCACAUUGGGUAGCCUUAUUCCCGUUGUUGCGAUUCCAUUACUUAUUAGCUUAGCAGCAAUCAAUGCAUAUACCUGCAUUAUAUUAUUUUUAACAAGCUCUGUGAUAAUGUGUUAUGCUUUCAAUUACGUCCAGAGCAAAGCAAUACGGACAAGUUUUUUCAGCAUAUGGGUGUUUUCAUCAUUGGUCUACUUGAUAGUGUUGUUUGAAUUCACUGUACCGCUUUUGGAACUACUCCCAGAAGAGAAUUGGGCUUUAGUCGCACUCUCCAUAAUUUCAUUGAUUUGCUUUUAUCAGACUCGUAAGCGAGCUAUAUUAAAUCACGUCAUACAGUUUGCUGGAACAGCAAAUGGAGUACUCAUCGUUACAGAAACAAGCGUCUCAGAGGAAGAUAAGACGAUAAAAGCAGCUCUACUGCUAGAACAGGACAUGGAAGAAAUACCAUCUGAUUGUGCGAACCGCGUUCAACCAAAUGUUUGCUCAAUCUGUAGUAAGUGUGUGCCGGCGCGAACUGUACAUUGCUCAGUUUGCAGUGCUUGUAUUAAGAGACACGACCACCACAGCUAUUGGUUAAAUUGCUGCAUAGGAGAAUCAAAUCAUCGUUUCUACAUUUUUGGAUUGUUAUUUAGCACAUUCGCAUUAUUAUUGGGCGCUAAUUUGACACUUACUGCUGUUUGUCAUCCUUUUAUAGCAGCAAAUAUAUUAGGACUGCACAUAUUGCUACCGGAUGAUUGCACCGAGGUUUUUGACAUAUACGAGUUCGGCUUAGCUUUUGUCAUUGCUGCCUAUGCUUUAAUGAUUGCUGCAUACAUCAUGCUAAUACUUGUGCGACAAAUAUAUUUCAUUUCGCGUGGAACAUCAUUACAUGAAAGCAAAACAGAGGUGCGCGGGAAUAAUAAAACUUUGAAGUACAACUGGAGGAAUUUUGUAUUUUACUGGUUAACUUGUCGGCCCGUCGAACAGUUACGCAUAAUUAAGAUGUUAUUAACAUUUCAGGACAGAUUACGUAUUCCAUGGCGUGGCGGAUCUAAGUAUGCCACAUUGGGUAGCCUUAUUCCCGUUGUUGCGAUUCCAUUACUUAUUAGCUUAGCAGCAAUCAAUGCAUAUACCUGCAUUAUAUUAUUUUUAACAAGCUCUGUGAUAAUGUGUUAUGCUUUCAAUUACGUCCAGAGCAAAGCAAUACGGACAAGUUUUUUCAGCAUAUGGGUGUUUUCAUCAUUGGUCUACUUGAUAGUGUUGUUUGAAUUCACUGUACCGCUUUUGGAACUACUCCCAGAAGAGAAUUGGGCUUUAGUCGUACUUUCCAUAAUUUCAUUGAUUUGCUUUUAUCAGACUCGUAAGCGAGCUAUAUUAAAUCACGUCAUACAGUUUGCUCGAACAGCAAAUGGAGUACUCAUCGUUACAGAAACAAGCGUCUCAGAGGAAGAUAAGACGAUAAAAGCAGCUCUACUGCUAGAACAGGACUUGGAAGAAAUACAGCCAACUGAUUGUGCGAACCGCGUUCAACCAAAUGUUUGCUCAAUCUGUAGUAAGUGUGUGCCGGCGCGAACUGUACAUUGCUCAGUUUGCAGUGCUUGUAUUAAGAGACCACCACAGCUAUUGGUUAAAUUGCUGCAUAGGAGAAUCAAAUCAUCGUUUCACACUCGCAUUAUUAUUGGGCGCUAAUUUGACACUAACUGC